AUGGGAGAGGCCACAGCAGUGAGAGGCCCGAGUACAGCAAAAAAUAAAUAAAUAAAAUAAAAUGUAAGUAAUGUUUUACAAAUAGCCUUUGGGAACCAGUUAACUCAGCGUGAUCAGUAACUCAGUAAUGGUCUGCUCAGUCUGUCAUCAUUUUUCUCAGGUGCUUGCCAGUCUGUAUUUCCUGGCCCACAGCAGUGCAGCUGGAGGAGGACUCUUGGAAGCCCAAUGACUUGAACUUAACCCUGAGUAAAUAGAUUUUAGGGAAGAGGAGGAGAGGAAGGCAUCUUGGAUGGGGAAAGAACUUGAGCUGAGGGAGGAUGAGCUGGCCCACCAGCGUUUGCAAGUGUUCUCCUGGUCAGGGCAAGUAGAGUGGCUGAUAGAGUGGGAGCAGACAGUGGAGGGCUUUGGAGGUGAACACUACAGGCUAUAGGGCACAAUGGGGAACUGGAAACGCACCGACAGGGAAACCAGCACUUUACUGGGGAUUAGAUUCAUGGAGAGAGUGUUCGCUGAGACCCCAGGACUCUAGAACUCAAUCAUUUAGAAGGAAAACAAAAUUUAAAUAUUGCUGUUGAAAGGAAGGUUGUGGGAGAAAGUACAGUCUUCUAGUUCAAUUAAUAGAAAAAUCAUUUUCCCUGGUUGUGUAUGAAUAAUAAAAAUACUGCUUACUAUGUGCAAAGCACUGUUCUAGGUGCUUUGUAAAAAUUAAUUCACUUAUUCCUCAUAACAAACCCACGAGGUUGUUGCUGUUUUUGCCACCACUUUACAGGUAUGGAGGGUGAAGCACAAAGAGGUUGCUCAAGAGACAGCCUCACCAUGAGCGUGGAAUUGAUCAAGAAGUAUGUGGCAGCCAUGGUGCUGAGUGCAGCUGGAGAUGCCUUGGGGUACUUCAACGGGAAGUGGGAGUUCCUCCGGAAUGGGGAAAAGAUUCACAGGCAGCUGGCCCAGCUUGGCGGUUUGGAUGCCAUAGAUGUGGAGAGGUGGAGAGUCAGUGAUGACACGGUGAUGCAUCUGGCCACGGCAGACGCUCUCCUGGAAGCUGGCAAAGUCUCGGACUUGGCUCACCUGUAUUCCAUCCUUGCUAAGCAUUACCAAAACUGCAUGGGAGACAUGAAUGGCCGGGCACCAGGGGGCGCCUCAAUGCAGAACGCCAUGCUGCUGGAGCCAGACAAAGCUGAUGGCUGGAGGAUUCCCUUUAACAGCCAUGAGGGUGGCUGCGGGGCUGCCGUGCGGGCCAUGUGCAUCGGUCUCCGGUUCCCUCACCACAGCCAGCUGGACACCCUGAUCCAGGUGAGCGUUGAGAGUGGCCGGAUGACCCACCACCAUCCCACAGGCUUCCUGGGAGCCCUCGUGUCUGCUCUUUUUACAGCCUAUGCUGUGAACGGCAAGCCUCCCCAGCAGUGGGGAAAAGGACUGAUGGAGGUGCUACCGGAAGCUAAAAAGUACAUUGUCCAAUCAGGCUACUUCGUGGAGCAGAAUCUUCAACACUGGUCUUACUUCCAAGACCAAUGGAAAAAGUACCUAAAACUCAGAGGGAUUUGGGAUGGCAGAUCAGCCCCUACCUUCCCCAAGCCUUUUGAUGUGAAGGAGAGGGAUCAGUUCUACACCUCCGUGAGCUACUCUGGCUGGGGCGGCAGCAGUGGACAUGAUGCCCCCAUGAUUGCCUACGAUGCCAUCCUGGCUGCAGGAGACUCCUGGGAGGAGCUUGCCCACCGAGCCUUUUUCCACGGUGGAGACAGUGAUUCUACAGCUGCCAUUGCUGGCUGUUGGUGGGGAGCGAUGUAUGGUCUUAAAGGAGUGAGUCCCUUCAACUAUGAGAAGCUAGAAUACAGAAACCGGCUGGAAGAGAUAGCUAGGGCUUUGUAUUCUCUUAGGUCAAAGGAAGAUACGUAACUCCCCUUUAGGGAGAAGUGACAUUCAUUUCUGGUGGUUUCUCCUCUUGUGUAGUCCCUUUUCUGCUCAGUUUCACUUUUUUCAAAGUCAAGAGUCUUAACCUUGUACUCAGGGAAUUUUGAGAUAACAGUCCCUUGGGUACCUGAAGGUCAGUCUUUCCAAACUUAUUCUGUCCUCGCCCCCCACCCCAAAUCUACCCCUCUUCCUAUCCUGAAGAGUCUUUAUCUCAGUUGAUGGCAUCAGCGUCUCCCAAAUUAGAAAUCUCAUAGCCUCAUAUUGAGUCUUCAUUUUUACCAUCUGAUCUUUCGCUAAGUUUUUUUCUGUUUGUUUUAGGGUGGGUUCCCCAAAGUGGACUCUGAGACAAGGAUUUGAGUGCAAGUAGUUUAUUUGGGGGGUGAUUCCAGGAAGCACUGUUAGGAGAAUGGGGAAGUGAGACUGGGAAGGUGGGGGAGCCAGGACAAGGUGCGUUAAUGAGCAUGUUACCAAUGUGGGCAGUUGGGAAUCGGUCCGUCUGGGUCCUCUGCGUAAGGCACUCAGAGUUGUCCCACCGACUUCUAUCUGAUGUUGGUGGAGGACCACUCCCAGGCGUGCUAACUCCCUGGUGCUUCCUGGCCUGCCUCUUGCGCUAGCCAAACACGAGUGUCCUCAGGUAAAGUCUCAGAGAUGUUUGCAGUGGCAAGCUGUAUGGCGCAUGGGAACAGUGAGGGGUAUAUGUGGGGUCCCAAUAGCAUCUGCUGGUUGGUUCUACCUCCUAAAUAUCCUUCAAAUCUGUUAUUCUUUUACCUUUUUGCACCAAGUAUGUUUCAGCUGGAUUUCUGCAAUCCAAGCUACUCAAGUCUGAGGAGAGGCUGCUCCUAGCUGCGCCCUCUCAUUUCCUGGGCAUGGCAGUUGAUAUGGUGCCAGUUUGUUGUUGCCUAUUUGCUUGCCUUUAUUCUCCUCUAGACAGAACCUAGCCUGGUGCCUGGGCACACAGGAGAUACUUAAUCAGUGUAUAUUAAAUGAAUGUUGUUUAUUAGCUUCCUAUCUGGUGCCUCAAAUUGCAGUACUGCCUUCCUCAUCGCCCUCCAGAGUGAUCUUUACAAAGAGCAAAUUGAUCAUGCUGCACUUCUAAUCAUGUACAAUGAAUACUCACCCCCUUUCUUCAUUCCUCGGUGCUCUUCCCUCUCCUCUUCCCCUUUCGAGCCCCAGCUCAGGUAGCAUCUCCUGGAUGAAACCUGCUCUGACCGUUCAGGCUCCUCACUACACCCACAGCCUUCUGUCUCUAGCCCUCUCACCACACUGAUCCUGUUGUGUGGUGACUGUGUGUCUUCUGGGGACGAUCUCAGGCUACUUGUGAGGGCUUGUGUCUUAUUCUUUUUGUGGCCUCCCCGUCUGGCCCAUUAGAGAGAUUCAGUAUUUACUUUGGAAGUUCAUCAAUUUGUGUUGAUGUGAACGCUUUCAACACACAGUGUCUCAUCUGUUUCGGAUGCCCUCUGCUUCAUGAUUGUCAGGAGUGACCUGUGCCGGCCUGAGAGAAAUAGAGGUGUGAUGCUUUAACCAGGCCUGUGUGCUGACUUAAAUGAGAAAAAGCUCUCAACUCUGUAUUUGAAGCAGGACUCCAGCAAAGGCAUGAGGUUUAUUAUUCUUUUAUACGUAAAGAGAGAAGAAAAUUCCAAAGCUCUUUUUCUGGUUCAAAAAACUCUGAUGUGAGCCGGGACGAAGUGAGAGAAUGGCGUGGA